CGCCCCUUUCUCGGUGGUGCGCGAGCCCCGCGGCGGUUUGUGGCCGGUGUAUGUGUGUGUGUAUCUCUUCGGGAGGACGACUUACUUCCAAUUAUCCCCUCUCACACAGCGAUUUUUCAUCUCGUUUUCAGUGUCCCCGGGACCGGAGACUUCCAUGGCUUAACGCGGAAUCGUGUCACGGACUUUAUUCGUUGAUGAGUUUCUUUUCUGGGGAAUUUUUCGCGUCUCUCAGCGAGCUAAGCUAGUUAUCGAGCUCGCGAGCUAGUACGGGAUUUACGUAAAUUCUCCGCGUAUGAAAGUUCCACGGACCAGACAAUACUGGAUAAAUCCACAUUUGGAAUUAUUUAUAAAGUCACUUUCAGUCCGGGCGGCUUGAUAAGCAGAAGAUAAAGGGCCACCGUUACCUCAGCGAAGCUAACGAGCUAAUAUGAAGUUAGCCAGCUAACGCUCUCGUAUGCAAGAAAACACCCUCCGCGCGAGCGUUUUUCAAUACCUAAUAUUGAAUUUUGUCAUUUUAAUGUUGGGUUAAUUAGGUCUUUGUGCUUUUGUUUUCAUACUGAAUGCCUGCUCUGUUUAGCUGAGUGGUGGGUUGAUGGUCUGUCUUGCAUACUUCAGUCAAACCCACUCACAUUAAUAAUCUUCAUUAGGGUUUAACAGUCACAUUAGUGCGUUUUGUGCCCGCUAAUCUAGAAAUCACUGCCGUCUUAAUCUAGAAACGCAAAUGGACUGUUAUUUUUGGGGGAGUAACGUUACAGGUUAACUGAUCCAACAGGUUAUUAGGAUAUUAGUGUUACUCGAUUGUUUAUUCGCCAGGCCUAUGUUUGUUAAGGGGGUGAGGAUGAAUUGUGCAGGGUACGAGGUGUAACAGCUCGAGUAGUGGACUGUCAUCAGAAAAUACAGACUUGUAUGGAAUUGAGCAGCUGUAUUGGGUUUGGUUCGGCAUCAUGGGGGUCUCGCAAGGGGGCAAGAAAUCAACUACAUAGUGUCUAAGUACAGGCUUGUGGACGUAAUGUAGCCGGUUUAGCAGAAAAGCCUCGUCUUUUCUUGAUUGUUGAUAUUUUUGUCGUAUUACUAUGUGCAUUGCUCUCCUGAUAAUUCAUUAAAGUGAAUUGGAGCAACAGGUCAGUCUGGAUCAAGAAACACUGUCUUUCGUCUCUGGUUGGAGUAACACUCCCAAGCCAUCCUCAAUGCCUUCAGCGCUGGCCGUGUUCACCUGCCGCCCGAAUUCACACCCGUUUCAGGAACGCCAUGUCUACCUGGAUGAGCCGGUCAAGAUCGGGCGCUCCGUGGCUCGGUGUCGCCCUGCCCAGAACAACGCCACCUUCGACUGCAAGGUGUUGUCCAGGAAUCACGCUCUGGUGUGGUUCGACCACAAGACAGGAAAGUUUUAUCUCCAGGACACCAAAAGCAGCAAUGGCACCUUCAUCAACAGCCAGCGUCUGAGCCGGGGGUCGGAGGAGAGCCCUCCCUGUGAGGUGCUCUCCGGUGACAUCAUUCAGUUUGGGGUGGAUGUGACCGAGAAUACCCGGAAAGUCACUCAUGGCUGUAUAGUGUCGACCAUCAAGCUCUUCUUACCAGAUGGCAUGGAAGGUCGGCGGCGAUCAGAUGUUGUUCCAGCACCACUGCCACUGGCUAUUGAUAAGGUGUCCGCAAAUACACCCAAUAUGUAUUCUCAGGAACUGUUUCAGCUCUCCCAGUACCUGCAGGUAUGGAACAACACUGACCUCUACAGGCCAUCUGCAGGCAUUACCUAUCAAAAUAAUGAGAAAAGAUGA